AUGCGGUCGAAAAUUUUUGAUGAUGCCAAACUCGAACGACUACGGCGUGAGGCUAUUCCCUCAUCGAAUGAAGCGGCUAUGGCAGGGGAUGCGACUCCUCAGGCCAAAGACCAGCGUCCACACGUGGAAGAAGCCUUGUAUCUUCCAGUUUUGGUUGAUUCAGACGAUGAUAAAAUAGUCUCCAACGUACUAGAGCAAAUGAGGAGCAUAUUGGAAGAGGCGAUUUCGAAAACGAAACGAAAAAAAUCAACCGCGACUUCCCCGCAUAUCCCUAAGUAA